CUCGGAGACAGAGCGAGAGACAGAGCGAGAGCCACCAUGAAUAUUAUGAACGGAAGCAGAUGACGCUACGUCGUGCAGCCAGUCGUCACCAGCUUCGACAAAUCCACAAAUUCACUGCAGAUUGGAUAGAGCCAGCGAGCAAGAGAGCUUUGCCGCUCGCAAUUCGGAUUUCGUGUCUCUGCAAGGGUAGUGUUGUUGUUGUUGACAGUGCUGUGACGAGCAGCAUCGGAAUUCCGGCGAAGACGUAGUGUGGUGUUGUUUCUUUGGUUGAUUGGACGUGGCCAUGGCGAGCUCGUGCUGCGCCAUGGAGCUGGCGGGCGCCAUCCAGGCUGCGGCUAUCAGAACUGGUGUGGCCCGGAAGGAUGGUGUUCUGCCCCUGAUGUCGCCUGGAAUGGUGAAGCUGGGGCGGGUUCGUGGUGGUGGUGCCAAGGGGCGUGUUGGUGGUGAAUUCGGGAAGGCUUAUCGAGCGGGAGUGGUGGUGAGAGCCGCGGUGAGCGAGGAGGGACAAGGGGUGUCAAUUGCAGACAAAGAGGCGGGCGUUGUGCGCGGGGUGUUGUUUGAUAUGGACGGGGUGUUGUGUGACAGCGAGCAUUGCUCUCGGAAGGCUGCCGUUGAGUUGUUUGCUGAGAUGGGGUACAAUGUCACCGAAGAGGAUUUCAUUCCGUUCAUGGGAACCGGUGAAGCUAAUUUUCUUGGCGGAGUGGCGAAGAAGUACGGAGUGAAGGAUUUUGACACUGUUUCAGCGAAAAGACGCUUCUUCCAAAUCUACAUUGAGAAGUUCGCCCCACCAAAUUCUGGACUAGGAUAUCCUGGAGCUCUGGACCUGAUUCUCCAGUGUAAAGAGGCCGGCCUUAAACUCGCGGUGGCGUCGAGUGCGGAUAGAGUCAAAGUGGACGCAAACCUUGCAGCUGCAGGCUUCCCUCAAUCCAACUUUGAUGCGAUAGUUUCGGCGGAUUUGUUUGAGAAUUUGAAGCCCGCUCCGGACAUUUUCAUCGCAGCUGCAAAGAGUCUGGGGCUGCCAACACAUGAGUGUGUAGUGAUUGAAGAUGCAUAUGCUGGCAUACAGGCAGCUAGAGCGGCUGGCAUGAGGUGUAUUUCGGUGACAACUACUCUCAGCGAGGAGAAGCUGAUGGAGGCCGGACCCCAGCUGGUUAGAAAGGACAUUUCUAGAAUCACACUGAAGGAUAUUCAAGAGCUAGGAAGACACGGAUUCGAAAGUGCUUAUGCUACGAAGGAUGUGAACCCUAGCUUGAGCAACAGUUAUCAGGCAGCCCUUAAUGCCGAAGUUCCAUUACCUGGCGGAUUCUCCACAACUAGACGUGAGGUGCUGAAGCUUGGUAGUCUUGCAAUUGGUUUAGGAAGCGCCUAUUUCAGUGCGACUCACCUCAAGGCGCUUUCUUAUGCGUCCCCCAAGGCUUUACUUAAUGCUCUUCAAGGUGUUGGCCAGCCACUUCUUGCGAAUGGAUCUGAACUGGCUCGUCCAGAACGCGUUCGUCAGUUCAAGCAAUACAUAACCGACAUUGAGUCAAAAGGAGCUGGACAGGUAGUACCUGAAUUUCAACCAAAGCUUGAGUGGCUGAACACCGCUCCUUUGUCACUUAAGAAGGAUUUGAAGGGUAAAGUUGUGGUGCUGGAUUUCUGGACUUACUGUUGCAUAAACUGUAUGCAUAUACUCCCGGAUCUUGCAUUCUUGGAGAAAAAGUACAAAGACCAGCCGAUGACUGUGAUCGGAGUGCACUCUGCUAAAUUCGACAAUGAAAAAGAUUCCGCAGCCAUUCGGAACGCUGUUCUCCGUUACGAUGUCACUCACCCGGUGGUAAAUGAUGGAGAGAUGACUAUGUGGAGGCAAUUAGGCGUGAGCUCAUGGCCGACUCUGGCAGUAGUAAGCCCAAAAGGCAGAUUGAUUGCCAUGUUGUCCGGAGAGGGUCAUCGAGAGGAUCUGGAUGAUCUCUUAGAGGCAUCACUUGAAUUCUAUGGAGAGAAGAAUCUUUUGGACGCUAAGCCUCUCAUUCCAAGCUUAGAGAGGGACAAGGACUCUCGCCUUGUUGCGUCACCUCUUAAGUUUCCUGGAAAACUGACAACAGAUCUUGUUAAUGGUCGCCUGUUCAUAUCCGACAGCAACCAUCACCGUAUUGUGGUAACUGAUUUGGAUGGGAAUUUCAUCGUGAAUGUUGGAGGUGGAGGAGAGGGUCUGAAAGACGGAUCUUUUGAGACUUCUUUGUUCAACCGACCUCAGGGUGUGGCUUACAACGCAUUCAAGAACGUGCUUUAUGUUGCUGAUACUGAAAAUCAUGCUUUGAGAGAAAUAGAUCUUGCUAAAGAGACAGUCCGAACGCUCGCUGGAAACGGUAUCAAGGGUUCAGAUUACCGGGGUGGCAAGAAGGGUUCAGCCCAGGUCCUGAAUUCACCCUGGGACGUCGCUCACGAUGCAGAGGGUGGCUUCGUAUACAUCGCAAUGGCUGGUCAGCAUCAGAUUUGGCGCUAUAAUAUUGCAGAUGGAAGAGCUGAAGUGUUUAGUGGGGAUGGUUAUGAGCGAAACCAAAAUGGAAAAAGGGGAAAAGAUACUUCGUAUGCCCAACCAUCUGGAAUCUCUUUUACACCAGAUUUCAAAUAUAUGUAUCUUGCCGACAGCGAGAGCAGUUCUAUCCGAAGAGUGGACAUGACGACGGGAGGUUCUAAAUUGUUAGCGGGUGGUGAUCCAACAUUUUCAGAUAAUCUAUUUCAGUUUGGUGACAGGGAUGGAGUAGGUUCCAAUGCUCAAUUGCAGCAUCCAUUAGGAGUUCUAUACAGUUCAGAAGGGCUGGUUUAUGUUGCUGACUCCUAUAAUCACAAGAUAAAAGUUCUCAAUCCAAGUACCCAAAAGGUCACCACACUAGCCGGCACUGGAACUGCUGGAUUUAAGGAUGGGACGGCUCAGGAAGGACAGCUGUCAGAGCCCGCUGGAAUCGCACUGGGUCCAGACGGUAAGCUUUAUGUAGCUGAUACCAACAACAGCCUCAUCAGAGUUCUAGACCUUCAGGCACAAGGUGGACCUAAGAUAGAAACUCUGGAGUUGAAAGGUGUACAGCCACCGAGUGUUGCUGCACCUACCGGUCCUCGACGACUUCGACAGCGGCUUUCAUCCGACACGCAAGUGAUACGCAUCGAUCCAAUUACUUCUCUUAAUGGUGACUUGCAGCUUCAAAUUUCACUUGCUCCUGGGUACCAUUUCAGUAAUGAGGCUCAAAGCAAGUACGAGGUAGAACUGGAGAUGGACAGUGGCGUAACCCUGGAUCCUGCCACAGGCACUAUUGGACCUGACGGCAAUGCGAUAAUUCAUUUUAAGAGAGAUCUUAAUUCCGCUUCUAAAUUUACUACUCGAGUAUCUUGCAAGGUCUAUUUUUGCAAGGAAGAUCAAGUUUGUCUUUAUAAAGCUUUAGUAUUCGAUGUCCCAUUCUCCAGCGAAGUGGUCAACGAUGCUUCGCAAAAGGUGACCCUUUCAGCUUUGGUCAAGCCUGCAGCAGUUGCAAAGAAAAGUUUCGCAGAUAAAAUUUGAUAGUUAGCAUCUAGAACUGAAGUCCGCAGAGUAGAAACUACGAUGGGGUCUCGAGGUUUUGUAUUGCUAAAUUAUUUGAGAAUUUGAUUGUACACAACGCUAGGAAGACAUUGUAAUGCUUUCUGUCAAUAUAGCGAUCCAUAAUAAAUGACUUAAUCGUUUGCUGUUA